CGUCUUCUCAUUUCCUUUCAAUUCACCGCUAAAAUAAACACACACACACACACAAACAAAAUCGAAGCCCUAAAUUCUCUCUAUCGUUCUCCUUCAUUAAUCUUCUCCCCCUGAUAUCAUGGCCAAUGCAGCAUCAGGGAUGGCUGUGCACGAUGAGUGCAAGCUAAAGUUUAUGGACUUGAAGGCAAAAAGGACUUUUCGCUUCAUCAUUUAUAAGAUAGAAGAGAAGCAAAAGCAGGUGAUAGUAGAAAAGCUCGGGGAACCAGCAGAGACUUAUGAUGCUUUUGCAGCAUGUCUUCCCGCUGAUGAGUGCCGAUAUGCUGUAUUCGAUUACGAAUUUUUGACCCCAGAAGGUGUUCCAAAGAGCAGGAUUUUCUUCAUCGCAUGGUCUCCGGAUGUUGCAAGGGUGAGGAGCAAGAUGAUUUACGCCAGCUCCAAGGACAGGUUCAAGAGAGAGCUUGAUGGUAUUCAGGUGGAGUUGCAAGCAACAGAUGCUAGUGAGGUGGGGCUUGAUGUUAUCCAAAGCCGAGCAAGCUGAAGCUGCAUAAAAAGUUAAUGGAGAUGCCCCUAUUCUUCAUUUAUGUUAAAUGUCUAUAGUGUCCCUGGUAUGUAGAUUAAUGAUGAAUGACUGGCAUACCAGAAGGAUGUUACUUUCCAAGAACUAGUGUGGUGGCUUAAGGUAAAAAUUGUGUGAUGUUUGUGUGAUUUAACAGAAGCAAUAUGAAUUUGUACUGUAUUUCGAUUUGAUUUCUGUUCAUGGAUUUUGGUAUGUUUUACUCACUUGGAAUGACCAUUUGCAAUUAUUUUUUUA